AUGGCAGCCGCCGACAAUCUCGACCUGGUGUUGGCUCAGGCCAUCAAUCCGCUCGAUCCAGAGAUGAACUUCGACGCUGUACAAAAGCUCUGCCAACAAAUCCUCCUCAGUAGGGACGCCCCGCAAGAAAUUCUCAAAAUCAUCGCCCACAAAAUCCAGAGCCCUCAGGAGCGUGAAGCUCUGAGAGCGCUCGAGGUCCUGGAGAUAUGCGUUUCCCGUUGCGGUGGCAAACUCAACAACGAAGUCGGUAAAUUCCGGUUCCUCAAUGAACUGAUUCGCGUCGUUUCUCCGAAAUACCUGGGCCAGAGAGCGCCAGAAUCUGUCAAGCGCCGCGUGGUAGAGAUCCUCUACAAAUGGAGUGUAGUGCUGUCGCACGAGACGAAAAUCGUCGACGCUUAUCAAAUGCUCAAACGGCAGGGGGUUGUCGAGGACGAUCCGAUCCACGUGUUGCCCAGACAGGAAGAGCUCGAGAACGUCGAGGUGCUUCCACCGCGCGAAGACGAGAUCUUCACGGACAAACGGAAAGAAAACGAGUUGAAGCGCUUGCUCGGAUCGAAGAAUCCCAAGGACCUUCAGGCAGCGAACCGACUCAUAAAAACGAUGGUCGAAGAAGCCGACCAUAAGAUGGAUCUAAAGGCUCGUAAGCGUCUUGACUUAGAGGAAGCCGUGAAUAAUUGUGCCGUCUUUUCGGAUCUUCUGAAGAACUUCAGCAACGUCGGCACGAAGACGUUCGACGAGCUGGAGCUGCUUCGGCAAAUGUUCGAAAACUGUGACACGCUCCGACCGAAAUUAUUCACUCUAGCGACCGAAUUCAGCCUCAUCGAGGAUUUCCCGUCCGUGCAGGAUGUCCUUCAGCAGAACGACCAGCUGACCGCGCUGAUAAAUGAUUACAAGGAACGAGUUGCCCCCUUGGUCAAAUCCGGAUCGUCGACUCGAGUUCCUGCGGAGCCCCAACCCCCGGAAACGUCUUCUCUGCUCACCGGAAUCAACAGUCUGAGCUCGGCGACUGCUCCGUCGAAGACUAUCCCGUCCGAGCUCUCCGAUCUGAAGAAGGAUUUCGAUCCUUUGGGCGUCCCGGAGGAAAAGGACGAUCGUUCUCGCGUCGAGGAUGUGUCUCUACUCGACUCACAAAUUUCGCCGUGCAGUAUCGCCCGACCAGCAAUAAACACAACGAUGACGUCGACGACGGCGGCGACAAGCGACGCAUUGAUAACGAUUGACACAUCAUCGAAGAGCAAUCUACUGAAUUUGAUGGAUUUGAACAUUGCGCCUUUGGACCACUCGAGCACCGCGAGCGCCAGCAGCGUCGAAGCGGGGGUUUCUUCAUCACAGCAAACUCUCGAACCGGAACCCGUGUCACCGAAAGGAUGUCCGACGAAAGUACCCAAAACGACGACUCUCGGCCAGCAACAGCUAGCAAGCAAAACCUACGCGCCUUUCGAAGGUCUUGACGCGAUGAUGACAGAAAAAAUUCUAUCCGAAAAAUCCGCGGCUCGAACGGUACCCGCCACCGCCGCCAAAUGUACUAAUAGGGUGGAUUUGGCCGCCGUCCCGGACAUACCACUGGCCGACGUGCUUCCUUCCGCACAGCCUCCCUUGGUCCUGAGCUGUCAGGACGAUGUUACCGCGAUUCUCAGCGUGACUGACAACAGACCCGUCGAGGGCGUAGUAGUUGUGCUCGUAACUGCAACUAAUCGAAAUUCGAAGGCCGCUGUGAAAAAUUUCGUUUGCAACAUUUCCGUCCGCGACGGCCGCUCGCGAAGUCAGCAUCCGUCAGGAGAUCAGUUACCGAUAUUCAACGCGUAUCUGCCAUCGACAGCAAUUACACAAAUCAUUAUUUUAGAGAAAUGUACGGAACGAGUUCAGCUCUCGUUCUCCAUCUCGUACACACUUUUCUCAGCGUGCGACCAACAGCAAAGAACGGUUUCGAUAUCGGGCGAGAAAACUAUCUAGUCCCCGACGUCGUGAAUUCAAAGGCCUGUUAUGUAUACUAAAAUGAAAAUGAAUAAUUUUAGAAUUAUUGAGGAAG